ACUGCCCGCCCCUUGUGUCUUCGUCCCUGGUUCUGGCAGUAAGAAAUUGGUGAUUUCUUGUUCACCAUAGCAUCAGUUGAAUCAUUCUAGAUUUGCCCACUUAAUUUCUUUAUACUUAUUUUUAGUUUAUGUGCAUGUGAUUGCUCCAUUGUAUUCUACAAGUAAGCUUGUUGAGGUUGAAUUGUACUUUAUAUAGCAAUGGAUUUCAUACUUGGAGAUAGACAUGUCAAUUGGGCUGUUUAGGUUGGUUUUGGGUUGAAUUAGUUUGGAAUUUUAAAAUUUUCAAUUCAUUUUGUUGCCUGGAGGUCGGACUCGCAUUUGGAGAAGUCUUCGAAGUGUUGUCCGUUGAGAGCUGACAAACCUCUCAAUGGUGGAGGUAUUGUGACCGGAGUGUCUGUGCUCGGUUUUAUUCUUGGGUUUGUCUCUCAAUUCCGUGGAGAGCCCUCGACGGGUUCACCCCACCAAGGAAAUGUGAGCAUUUGGCCUUGAUGGGGUUCAAAGACUUCACCCAUUGUGAGUCCGACCUCCCCUCAACACAUUUCUAUUCAGAUUAAGACCAUUAAAGUCAGCAAUAUUUCUUUAGAAGCAACCGAGCGAGACAUCAAAGAGUUCUUUUCCUUUUCUGGUGAUAUUGAAUAUGUUGAAAUGCAGAGAGGUGAUGAAGUGUCUCAAAUUGCAUAUAUUACUUUCAAGGAUUUGCAAGGAGCAGAGACCGCUGUUCUUCUUUCGGGAGCAACGAUAGUUGGUCUAUCUGUUAGCAUUUCUUUAUCUCCAGAUUACAAGCUGCCUCCGGCCGCUUUCGCACCGCCCCCUGCAACACAAAAUAAAACUGCUGAUUCGACUAUUAGAAAAGCCGAGGAUGUUGUUACCGGCAUGCUUGCUAAGGGCUUCAUCUUAGGCAAAGAUACAAUCAACAAGGCAAAAACCUUUGACGAGAAGCACCAAUUAACAUCAACAGCCUCAGCAAAAGUUGCAUCUUUCGACAAGAAAAUUGGGUUCACCGAGAAGAUACAGGCUGGCACUACCGUUAUUACCGACAAAGUAAAAGAAAUGGAUCAAAAGUUCCUCGUUUCGGAGAAAACAAAAUCCGCAUUUGCCACUGCUGAGCAAAAGGUCAGCGGUGCAGGAUCCGCCAUUAUGAAGAACAAGUACAUAUCCGCCGGAGCUACAUGGGUAACGGAUGCUUUCAAUAAGGUUGCAAAAGCAGCGGGAGACGUUGGCCAGAAGACAAAAGAAAAAGUGGGAGCAGCUGAAGAAGAACGAAAACGGAAAGUGGUUGAUGACUUUGCGCAGAUUCAUUUAUCCGAGUCCCCGAAAGAUUCUGCCUCGAGUAAACAACCAUCUAAGCCUGCACCUGCACAAGGUUUGAUCCUUUGAUUUGCUGCUUCAGUAAAUAGUUGUGGAGGCCAAAUUCUAUACCUUAGCAUUUCAUAUAUUUACUUAUCUUCUUGGCAUCACAUUGUUGUUGAUGUUUUCCUUUUAUUUUUUGGUUUUUGGGAUUUGUUUUGUUUUUAUUAUGGCAAAUUUUCACCUUUUGAUUGGAUUUAUAUAAUGUCACAUUGUAUGAAUAUUUGUAUUCGUUUGGAUUACGUGUAGGCAAGUUAGUUUGAGUUGA